UAAAGAUUGCUUCCUGACUAGGGUUCAUAUACCACAAAACUGACGCAAUUGGAAAUGCACGGCUAUUACGAAAGUGCAUUAUGUCUAUUUGCUGGAACUUAAUUGAUCACAUUUGAUUUAUCUUUGCAUGUAAUAAAAAGAAGAGGUAUCACUGCGCGACUUGUUAUUAUUGAAUUUACUUGCUUCUCGGAAAUCGUUAUCAUUCACCAUAUUGUUCCUAAGAAAGCUUCUCAACAUGAUACAGUCUUUAAUCUUAGCAGUGUGUUUAUUUGGUCUGUGCAGUGCUUCUGUUUGGCCUGUACCUGGUGUUACGCUCUGUCAUAGAUCGCAUCCAGAUUUUGUUGAAUGUUUGAAUGAAAAUAUACCAAAGGGAGCUCACACCAUAAGAAAUGGAAUUAAGGAAAUAGGUUUUCCUAAAGUGGACCCUGUGAAAGCUCCAUCUCCUUUCAUAAUAAACGUGGACAAUGGAGGGCAGAUGGCAUUAACAAUGAAACUCAUAAACUGCUAUCUUGAUGGAGCUACGACUAAUGCCAAAAUAGUAAAAGGGAAAUUCGACUUUGACAACGACUGUUCUUGGUCCACUGAUGUUGAUAUACCUGUCUUGGAUUGGUAUGGCGAGUAUGCGCUCCAAGGAAAGCUCCUGAUGUUUCAAUUGAAUGGCCAUGGAAAAUGUAACUUCACCUUGCGGGUCGAAUAUGUGCCCGCAGGAAUUUUUCUCAGAAGAAGAGGGAGGGCUAUCCAUCGAGAAGAGGUAACUUUUGUCUGAAAGUGUAACUGCAUCCAAAACUUUUCUAAGAGCGAGGGGGAGCAUAUUUUCUCAGGGAGCCAAAUCCUAAAGGGCUCCAAAAUUGUACAAAAAAACAUGGCAAAUAUGCAGAUUUUAAUUGUAUGAGUCUGUUUGGCUAACUUGAUCCGUUAAUUUUUUUGUGAUGAUGCUGGAGCAUUAUAACUGUGAGCACCUUUAACAUGAAAUGAUCAGAAGUGUUUAUAGUUUAAUAGCAGCGAAUUCAAUUUUAAUAGAAAACUAGCGUUUUUGACGUGUUAUUCUAGUAACGUCUCUUUAAAUUUUGAGCAGAAUUUGAAGUAAUAGGAGUAUACAUAAAGUGGUGGUGUAUAAAACACCUUACUGACAAUUGAUAACAUAUGGCGCGAGUGUAAUUACACUGUGUAUCUGAUGCUGGCUUAGUCGGAGUCACUUUCUUCAUAUGGCGCUGCCGUAGGUGGUACUAGAGAUUAGUGACGAAAGUAUUAUCUGUAUUGUACCAACAAUAUGCGGUUAGUUUUGUAUCACAAACACAUUUUUGCAGUGGAUACCAGGAUCCACCAGGAAAUGAGGUGUCAUAGAUACAAGAAGAACGGGACAACACAUAUUAAGGUCCACAACUAUACAACGGACAUCAACCCUAGAACUUUGAUAUACGAUUUACAGAACCUAAUACCGGGUAACCCCGAAAUUAGCCAACAGGUACUGAAGACUCUAAACGAAGAUCCGCUAUUGAUUUGGAAGGAGAUGAAGCCAGCUUUCGACACCAUAGUUGGCAAGAUACAUUUGGAUAUAAGCAACAAGCUCUACUCGAAGAUACCUCUCGACGAAAUAUAUUUGCCAUAGUACCGAGUAAUAUUUAAGAACAAUGUCAAUGAAACAUUCCAUACUCUAUCUACUGUUGCCUCCCAUUAUCAAAACAAUACAUUUUUGACCAAAGUUUCACCUGCCACGACAGGCAUGGGGAAAAUUUUGAACUUGCCUUAAAUUCUCAAAAGUUCUGAUAUUUUUUAGGUGUAUCUCAUGGAUUUUCAUGCUGUUGAUUAUAACGGAAUGUUACGAGUAUAUCCGUUAAGAUUACAUGUUUUAUGUUUAAUUCUUGUGAACUCCAUACAAGUUUUAAAGUUAAAGACCCCGCAACUUUUGAAUAAAGGAGGCAAAAGAGGGUGAAAUGACAUGAUACUGUAGUGCUUCAAAUAUCCAUAAAAUUAAAAAUGAAACUGUAGUCCUUUUCAUGGUUUUGGCAGCUUCGUCAUCAAUUUGUACACUGGGCAAACCAAUGAAUUCAGACUAGGUAGAAGGAGCCAGUGAAGGACUUUUCUUUGUCUCCUAAUUCUCGGAUCAAAGUGUACACCACGAUUUCAAGACUUGGUAUUCAUUACAUAAUUUGUUACGAGCAGCAGAAGGAUAAUGGAGGUAGAUGUAUCCACCGGUAUUAUUAGUGGGUUCAUACAAAGUUGUCACUUUGGUAGGCAUUGGUAGACAAAUGAGUCUAAAGUAUGCACUAAAAGUGAGUUACUUAGGUGAUAGGCUUGGCUCCCAAGCUAUUCGAAUUCGCUGGUAGAAACUAAGAAGAACGUACUAUAUGUCUGUGGCCUUAUGCACAGACGUAGACUGUAUGUUCAUAUGUGAGAGAGUUAGGUUUAUUGAAGCGAUACCGGUUAUUUAACUGUGAAACACACCCGUAGUAAGUAACUUCAAAAGUAAUAUUAUGUCGAGUUCUUAUAACAUUAUGUAGGUUUUCUGACAUUAUAUAAGUUUUCCUGUAAUAUGUUACGUUUGAACUAAGUGACAUUCACUAGCGGCUGUCUAGUGCUCAAGUUGACAUCUUACCGAUUAUUUUUUGGCAUUAUACAUGUUUUUUGAGUAAUAAUCCCGCUGCCAAAAAGCGUGACAAGAGCUAUACAUCAAAAAUUGACACUUGAUGGUAGGUACGUGACCUCUUAGUUGUAAUAUUAGAGUUAAGCUUUUUAGAUUGUGGAAUAUUCCUAUGUAAAUAUAUGAAAUAAAGUUUACCCUAUUUUAUAGA